AAGUUUUAACAAUUUAUGUUAUUUUCAGAUAGAACUAUUGCUCUUGGACAAUUUACUGGUGUGAGCUUAGAUGGAGAUGUUUUUCUGAAUAUAAUAGAUGUGAGGCAUGAGUGGCUGUCUCUUAUUAAAAAAGUUAGUCAAGAAGACAGUGCCCUUACGGAAAUACCUAAUUAUGAAAAAGCCCUCUCAAGCAUUCUAAGAAAUAUACAUAUUUGUAGAAGAAAAUUUAUGCCCAAAGUAUCAGCAGCACAAUACUGCAGUCACCUCCGUCAGUUGAUAACAUCAAUAGGCGACUUUUAUGGACGCGGGAGGAAAAUUUCAGAUUCUGUGCCAGAAUCUCUUAGCAAAUACGAAAUUGUUGUUGAACCAGAAGCUGGUCCUUUGAUGGUUUCGCCAACUGGUCAGUUCAUUACACCAUCAUCAUGUCCAGCAGAUGAACUGAUUGCUUUUAUUACAAAUCAUUUAGAUGAAGCUACUCUUCUUUUAACAGAAUAUAGUAUAAAUAAACAUAUUGAGAAAGCUCUAUAUAAAGAGGUAAAAGAAAGAUUUCAACUAUUGGACUUAAUUAAAGACGACAGUAUUACACCUGGAUUGAUGAUCCUAUGUUGUCAAAGAUUGUUGACUCGAAUAGAUAAAAUUGAUGAGAAUUUACGAGGAAACAUUUUAUACGUAACUCAUUACUAUUCCGUGCUGUCUGACGGCGUUUUAUGUAUUCCAUGGAAUUUUAAAUAGUUAUAUCUGUAAAAUAAUGUUAUAGCUUUUCCGUUUAAAAUUUUAUUAACAUUAAAACUGUACAUAUAUAGAAAGUUAGCAAAAUGUAAUCUGAAAAAACAGCAAAAUCGAAUUAAAUAGCGAAUAAACAUGUAUUUUA